GGUCCCGAGAUUUAAGCUUAAGGACCUACUGAAUAGAGUAUGAGAACCGAAAUUUGUGUAUUUGUCGUCUUAACUGAUGAUAUGGAGAGAUGUUGUUUCCAUGCCGUCCUGUGAGCUAAUAGAGUACCAAAGUAUAAACAGGGCCGGCUUCCUGUUGUUGAAUACUUCUCCUCAUUCAUUCAAUUCCAGGAAAUAUAAAUUCCCAUAACUUUUCAGUCCAGCCAAAAUGAAAUUCUCAGCAACCCUCAUCUCUGCACUCAGCGUUGCCACUGCAUCAGCUGCCGCCAUCCAAGAACGUGCCGGUACCCUUUUCACCAUUACCGACUUUAAAGCUGCGUGUACUAGCAGCACAUCCUGCUCGUACUCAUUCGAGUAUGCGAUAGGAACAGGAACCACUGGCAGCUCCACAGCCUGUUCAACUACUCUCUCAACCACUGGCGGGAAGCUCCCUGACAUUGCCACAAAGGGCGCCAGAUGCGGCGGUAUAACCUAUUGGUUCACGCGCACUUCUGAGGGUCUUAAGGUUUACAAUUCCCUCCAGAUUACGUAUACCAGUAGGACCGGAAGCUACGUGAUUCCUACCAGCGAGCUGAGUACCAGUGGUGGGUUUGAGCAUUAUACUGGUCCUACUACUUUCGCUUUGUCCUAGCCUUAAUAGAUGGUAGAAUGUGCUUCAUGUGAGGCCGAAAAGACUGAGUCGGUGUAUCAUUAUAGAUGCGGGUAGAUUUUAGAGGGGAUUUCUUUAACGAAUGGAGAUGUUAUUCA